CGCAGCCUGUUCUUCCGGGCUGGCAGAUUCCGCGCGCCCCCACCGGGGAUGGCGACAGUCCCCGCCCCGCCGGCUCCCCACGCCCUUCAGUGUGUUGGGCUGGGUUCUGGAGACCGAGCCGUGCGACCUCGGGCCCACGGCGAGGCGGGUCAGGUAGAGGGUCCGAGGAGCCCGCGCCAGACUCGGCCACGGCGACCUGCAAGGAGAUCAGCCCCCGGGGCCCCCGGAAGCCGCGCUUUCCCACCCCGAACUCGGGAGGCCACGGAAACACCACACCUUACCCCCGAGUCUCAAAACAUCGCACCUCCGGCGUAGCCCGCCGGCCAGAGGCAGCGACCCGGGACCGGCCACGUGCGUCCAGCGCCGCGUGUGCGCGCCCCGCCCCUGGGGAGGAGCCGGCGGGCCCCGGGCCACUCCGCCAGAGCUGCUGCGGGCGGCGGGCCACCCGGAGUUGCGGGCUUUCUUUUCCAGCCGCUCCCGCUCCCUCUGCUCUCUUCCCUCCCCGGGUUCUUCCCAUCUUCUCACCUUGCCCACCCGCCCGGGCCAGGACUGCACGCUGGGCGCCCAGGUCGUGGGACCGAAAUUCUUGGUGGUAACCGCGAGAGGAGGGUGCAAGAGAGCCCGGAGAACUGGAGAAAACUGCUCUGAUCUGACUUGACUUCAACCAGGAGCUGACACCACAUAGUCAUAACCAGCAUUUACUAAGCUCUCGCAGGUUCCGAGAUGACUUGGCUGAGAUUCCGACACACCUGAGUCUGCUACUGAAGCAGUGGUCUCAUGACCAAGUUGAUAGACAGUACUGCUUGUGUCUAUGACACAGAACUCUGGCUGCCCACACUAACGCAUGAUGCUUCGGCAGGUGAAUGGCCACACUUCAGGCUCUGAUGCCCAAGGCAGGGCAUCCCUCAAGGGAGACCUACAGGAGUUCCUGGGUGGGGAGGCUCCACUCUACCAGCUGGAUGACCUCACCAAGGUGAAUCCUGUGACACUGGAAACAGUCCUGAGGUGCCUGCAGGCCCGGUACACAGAGGACAUAUUCUAUACCAAUGCUGGCUGUACCCUGGUAGCUCUGAACCCCUUCAAGCCCAUCCCUCACCUCUACGCAGCAGAGCUGAUGCAGGAGUACCAUGCUGCACCUCAGCCUCAGAAAUUGAAACCCCACAUCUUCACAGUGGGUGAACAGACCUACAGGAAUGUCAAGAGCCUAAUUGAGCCAAUCAACCAAUCCAUUGUGGUCAGUGGAGAGAGUGGAGCCGGAAAGACGUGGACAUCCCGCUGCCUGAUGAAGUUCUAUGCUGUGGUGGCUGCCUCACCUGCUUCCUGUGAGAGCCACAAGAUGGCAGAGAGGAUUGAACAGCGGAUCCUGAACUCUAACCCUGUCAUGGAAGCCUUUGGGAACGCGUGCACACUUCGGAAUAACAACAGCAGUCGCUUUGGGAAGUUCAUCCAGCUCCAGCUGAACAGAGCCCAGCAGAUGACGGGAGCUGCAGUCCAGACCUACCUCCUAGAGAAAACGCGUGUGGCUUGUCAGGCCUCCAGUGAGAGGAACUUCCACAUCUUCUACCAGAUUUGCAAAGGAGCCACCAAGGAUGAGAGGCUCCAGUGGUACCUCCCUGAAGGAGCUGCCUUCGCCUGGCUACCCAAUCCAGAAAACAAUUUGGAAGAGGAUUGUUUCGAGUUGACCAGAGAGGCCAUGCUCCAUUUGGGCAUCGACACCCCCACCCAGAACAACAUCUUUAAGAUCCUGGCUGGACUGCUGCACCUUGGCAAUGUCCAUUUUGCUGACUCAGAAGAUGAAGCCCAGCCCUGCCAACUGAUGGGUGGUACCAAGGUCUCUGUCAGGACCUCAGCCUCACUGCUGCAGCUCGCAGAGGACAUGCUGCUGGAGACUAUUCAGAUUCGAACCAUCAAGGCAGGCAAGCAGCAGCAGGUGUUCCGGAAGCCGUGCUCCCGAGCCGAGUGUGACACCCGAAGAGACUGUCUGGCCAAACUGAUCUAUGCACGGCUGUUCGACUGGCUGGUAUCAGUGAUCAACAGCAGCAUCUGUGCAGACUCCAGCUCAUGGACUGCCUUCAUAGGUCUGCUGGAUGUGUAUGGGUUUGAGUCCUUCCCUGACAACAGCUUGGAGCAGCUGUGCAUCAACUACGCCAAUGAGAAGCUGCAGCAGCACUUUGUGGCUCACUACCUGAGGGCACAGCAGGAGGAAUAUGCAGUUGAGGGCCUGGAGUGGUCAUUUGUCAACUACCAGGACAACCAGACCUGUUUAGAUCUCCUCGAGGGGAGCCCCAUCAGCAUCUGCUCCCUCAUAAAUGAGGAAUGCCGCCUUAAUCGGCCAAGCAGUGCAGCGCAGCUACAGACACGCAUCGAGAGUGCACUGGCAGGCAAGCCCUGCCUGGGCCAUAAUAAGCUCAGCCGGGAGCCCAGCUUUGUGGUCGUGCACUUCGCAGGACCCGUACGAUACCUCACAGAAGGCCUGGUGGAAAAGAACAAGGACCCUGUUCCCCCUGAGCUGACUGGGCUCCUGCAGCAGUCCCAAGACCCUCUGCUCAUGAUGCUAUUUCCUGCUAACCCUGAAGAGAAGACCCAGGAGGAGCUGUCUAGCCAGAGCAGGGCUCCUGCGUUGACUGUGGUGUCCAAGUUCAAGGCCUCACUGGAACAGCUCCUGCGGGUCCUACAUAGCACAACACCCCACUACAUUCGCUGUAUCAAGCCCAACAGCCAGAGUCAGCCACAGACCUUCCUCCAGGAAGAGGUCCUGAGUCAAUUGGAGGCCUGUGGCCUUGUAGAGACCAUCCACAUCAGUGCUGCUGGCUUUCCCAUCCGGGUCUCUCACCAAAACUUCGUGGAACGAUAUAAAUUGCUGAGAAGGCUCGGACCUCACACAUCCUCUGGCCUCUGGGGCCUGUGUUCUGCCAAAGGGCCCACUGAGCAGCCUCUGUGUGCCAGGGAGGCCACACUGCAGCCUCUACUGCAGGACAUUCUCCAUGCUCUGCCAGCUUUAAUUCAGACAGCGAGCGCUCCCGGUGACCCAGCCAAGGCCACACAAGUCCCACUGUACUGUGGCAGGACAAAGAUUUUCAUGACUGACUCCAUGUUAGAGCUUCUGGAGUGUGGGCGUGCCCAGAUGCUGGAGCAGUGUGCCCGCUGCAUCCAGUGUGGCUGGAGGCGACACCGUCUCCAAAAGCAGGAGAAACAGAGGCAGGCUGCGGUGCUCAUUCAGGCAGCUGUCCGGUCCUGGCUAACUCGGAAACACAUCAAAAGGUUACACAUAGCUGCCACGGUCAUCAAGCGUGCGUGGCACAAGUGGAGAAUCAGAAUGGCCUGUCUUGCCUCUAAAGAACUGGAUGGUAUGGAGGAGAAACCCAUGCCACGGGCUCCCAGCUCCCUGAGCUCCUCGCUGCCCCCAGCACAUACUAAACUACUGGGGGCAAUAAUCCACCUCUGGCCCCUGGGACUGGUGCUAGCCAACUCAGCUGUGGGUGUGCGAGGCUUUCAGAGGAAACUGGUGGCCCAUGCCUGCCUCCGGCUUCCCACGGGCAGCCCCAGCAACAAGUUCCAGACACCACAACAAGAUCAGGCUGGUAUUACGUCCAUCAGAGCACUGCCUCGGGUAUGUUCUCGUUCUGUGAUACCGUGUUGUCCUUCCCUCGGCUCCAGGUUGUUCACUGAGCAAGGCAGUGAACAAAGCUUGCCCUCUAGGGGGGUGGGGAGGUUAGCACAAAGCCCUAACCUGCUGAGUAAGCCAAAAUCUACAGGUGUGGAUUUCUGCCAUUGUUUCAGCUAAAAACCGGGACUCUUGAGAGCCCUUCAUGACUGCUUCUAAGCAUUUGGCCUCUGAGUGUUUGGCUCUUCCUCAGUUAGACAUGUACCUCAGCCCUGUCUCCUCUACCAGAUGGUUAGCUGUAAGGAAUUAAAGAGUGGCAUAGUUAACUGUUGGACAUUAGUCCCCCUUCUAAGAAAUGAGCGUGGCCAUUAAUUUGUCACCUCAGAUGAUACUGCAUUUGGCAGUCUCCUCAAAUCGUAUCACUUGGGAAAUGUAUGGCGGGUCCUGUGUGUUAUUUAUACCACUGUCUCAUUGGAAAGCAGACCCACAGCCUGUCUUAGCUCAGCCCCUGCCCUGGAUAACCUUGGUGUGGUAGAUGAUCUCAGAACCUCCACUGUUCUCCUCUGGAAGACUGGGUUAAUACCCAGCCUGGUACAAAGGACCAGAGGACAGAAAUGGAGUCAACAAGAAGCUACAUACAUAAUCUGUACAGAAUCUCCCUAAAAUUGACAAGGGGUAAAGAGAACCGUUCUGAUCUUCCUUCCUACGAUUUCCUGUCACGCUGAGUGGAUAUGACAUUUUAUUCCUGAUUUCUCUCUCUGGGCUGUCUUUGGGCCCUACCACUCAUAAUCUCUUUCUCCCUAGGGCUCAAUAAAGUUCCACUGCAGGAAGUCUCCACUUCAGUACGCUGACAUCUGCCCUGAACCUUCAGA